AUGGCACUCGUGGAGGAGAGCAGCCAGGACUUGCUCCAAGCUUACGUCGAGCUCUGGCACCUGUCCCUGUGCUUCGCCAAAUCGAUGGUCCUCCGCAUCCCCGACGCGAUCCACCACCACGGCGGCGGCGCCACCCUCCCCCAGAUCCUCACUGAGACUGCGCUCCACCCAAAUAAGCUUCGCGCCCUACGCAGCCUCAUGCGCGCGCUCACUGCCUUGGGCACCUUCAGCGUCCAGCCACCACCAACCAGCGUUGAUGAUUCAACCGUCGACGCGUCGGGCGAAGCUGUCUACAGGCUGACGGCAGCCUCCCGCUUCCUCGUCAGCGACGAGUUUGUCGCAGGCAAUAUGUUUGAGACUAUUCCACCUGCAACCGCUGUUUUCCUCAAGCGGUGGCCCAUGUAA